AUGAAGCUACCUAUAUUGCUAUCAUGUGUGUUAGUUAUCACUGCUGUCUGCGGAUUGAGAAAUGAGCAUGGCAGAGAAGAGCAACGACCAAAUCACUGGAAACAGGCUCGUGGACAUCCUGGUCAUAAUCGCCCAAUAGCUGAUGGCGGCAAAAAGAAUUCUCCGUCUCAUGACCGUUUUGGUGUAAGAUAUAAUAACCCGUUCUUGAACAAGGUCGAUGACGAUAUUGACAGGGAUGGCAGUAAAUUGGAGAAGAAAUUUGAUGGUCGUUCACCUUUUGGUGCACGGAAUGGAAAACCCCGCCAACCCAAUCCUUGGAACAGACCAUGGAUGCCUAGCAUAGAUAACGUUCAACCAAACGCAAGCCCAUACUUGAGGAAAGAUGGUGACGAAGAAGUAGGCUAUAGUGACAGUAAAAGUAGAGAAAUCAAAAAUAGUGAAGACUUUAGUGUGAAUGACAGAUUUAGUUAUGAAGAUACAGAGAGUUACAGCGUCGAAGAUACAGGGAGUUACAGCGUCGAAGAUACAGAGAGUUACAGCGUCGAAGAUACAGAGAGUUACAGCGUCGAAGAUACAGAGAGUUACAGCGUCGAAGAUACAGAGAGUUACAGCGUCGAAGAUACAGAGAGUUACAGCGUCGAAGAUACAGAGAGUUACAGCGUCGAAGAUACAGGGAGUUACAACGUUGAAGAUACAGAGAGUUACAACGUUGAAGAUACAGUUAGCGACAGUGAUGAAGAUAGUGGAAGCGGUAGUGGUGACGACACAGAGAGCGACAAUGGAAGUGGUGGCGCCAAUUAUAUUCCUGGAGACAUAUUAGAUAAAUCCCGUCUACCUUACUCUGGUAAUUUGCGAAGCAAAAAUAUGUUCUAA